UACAGUAAUAACAGCACUGCAAGAAAACAUAACGUUUUGAUAUCAAAAAGAUAUACAAAACUUUUACUUGAGUUUGAACUUUUUUCAAGAGAGGAACAAGUCAAUUAACAUUGAAUCAUGCCUUCAGAGAAAAAGCCAACUUUAAGCUUUUUUGAAAAUUUUGCUCUCUCGGGUGCUGCUGCCGUCCUAUCUAAAACAGCUGCUGCCCCGAUUGAAAGAGUAAAAUUAUUGGUACAGAACCAAGGAGAGAUGUUAAAACAAGGUGUAUUAAGUGAACCAUACUCAGGAGUGGUUGAUUGUACCAAGAGAACUCUACAAACUGAAGGUUUGCAAUCAUUCUGGAGAGGCAACUUGGCUAACUGUUUGAGAUACUUUCCAACACAGGCAUUAAACUUUGCCUUCAAGGAUCAAAUAAAAGCUGUAUUUAAACAGAAUAAAUCAGAUCCCUAUUUAGUCAACUUCUCUAAGAAUAUUGCUAGUGGUGGAGUUGCUGGUGCCAUGUCACUGUGUUUUGUCUACCAUCUUGAUUAUGCCCGAACACGAUUGGCAAACGAUAUGAAAUCAUCAAAAGGUGAUGGAAAGCGACAAUUCAAUGGUUUGUUAGAUUUAUACAAGAAGACCCUGAAAUCUGAUGGUGUUCCUGGAUUAUACAGAGGAUUUGUCAUCUCUUGUGUUGGAAUUGUCUUCUAUCGAGGAUUCUAUUUUGGUUUAUAUGAUACUCUUAAACCACUCUUAUUAGGUGAUCGUCCUCAUUUAGCUUUAUCAUUUGUUCUUGGUUAUGGUGUAACAGUUACAAGUGGUUUGAUCUCCUAUCCUAUUGAUACUAUUAGAAGAAGAAUGAUGAUGACCUCAGGUCAAGCUGUAAAAUAUAACGGAUCAAUGGAUUGUGCAAUGCAAAUCUUCAAGAAUGAGGGUCCUAAAUCUUUCAUGAAAGGUGCUGGUGCCAAUAUUUUACGAGGAGUGGCUGGGGCUGGUGUUUUAUCAGGAUUUGAUAAAUUUCAAGAUUUGUAUAUCAGAGCUAAGAUGUCAAAAAAUAAGUAAAUUGUUAGUAUAAAGUAAGAAUGGACCGGAUGAAAAAAAAACAUCUCAAAAACAUGGAGCUUGAGGACAAAGUUAAUUCUUGUUAUUUAAAAAAAAUAACAAUUCAUUUGUAAAUUUUUUUAAUCUUGAAGUUUAUAAUUAUGUGUUUUCUAAAAAGCUAUAUAUUAUAUAACUGUAUAUUUUAGCCUCACUGUAUUUUAUGUGAUUUCUUAAAAACAAUAUAUCAUAACCUU